GCUCUGAAAGACUUGAGUUGGGACUUUCUUCUGGGAAGCUGGCAACAAAAGGAUGAGAUGAUAUGUGUGUUCCAUGGAAAAAUAAACAUGCUUUUGAAUCCAUGAGCAAGUAGCAAAGCAGUUUCUGGCUACAGAACAUACCUUAUAAAAUCAGUACUGUAAAAGCUUGGGUGGUACAGCAGUGAAGCAUCUUCGUUCUAUGCAUGUUGAGUGUUGUGUGGGGCAGAUACGAAGAAGGACUUAGUUAUGAAUCAUGGUGUCAUGGAAAGGGAUUUACUUUAUACUCAUUCUUUUUUGUGGAAGCUUCUUUGGCAGCAUUUUCAUGCUCGGUCCUUUCUUACCUCUGAUGUUUGUAAACCCACCUUGGUAUCGCUGGAUCAACAACCGCCUUGUUGCCACCUGGCUCACGCUACCCGCGGCAUUGUUGGAGACCAUGUUUGGUGUAAAAGUGAUAAUAACAGGUGAUGCAUUUGUACCCGGAGAAAGAAGUGUCAUUAUCAUGAACCACCGGACAAGAAUGGAUUGGAUGUUUCUAUGGAAUUGUCUGAUGAGAUACAGCUACCUCAGACUGGAGAAAAUAUGCCUCAAAGCCAGUCUCAAAAGUGUCCCUGGAUUUGGUUGGGCCAUGCAGGCUGCUGCCUAUAUCUUCAUUCACAGGAAGUGGAAGGAUGACAAGAACCAUUUUGAAGACAUGAUUGAUUAUUUUUGUGAUAUCGGUGAACCACUUCAACUCCUCAUAUUCCCAGAAGGGACUGAUCUCACAGAAAAUAGCAAGGCUCGAAGUAAUGAUUUUGCUGAAAAGAAUGGACUUCAAAAGUACGAAUAUGUCAUACACCCAAGAACUACAGGCUUCACUUUUGUGGUAGACCGUUUAAGAGAAGGUAGGAACCUCGAUGCCGUGCACGACAUCACCGUGGCGUAUCCUCACAACAUUCCUCAGACCGAGAAGCACCUCCUCCACGGAAACUUCCCCAAGGAAAUCCACUUCCACGUCCACCGCUACCCCAUAGACACCCUUCCCGUGUCCAAGGAGGACCUGCAACUCUGGUGCCACAAGCGGUGGGAGGAGAAGGAAGAGAGGCUGCGCUCCUUCUACCAAGGGGAGAAGAACUUCUGUUUCACUGGACAGAGUGUAAUCCCUCCUUGCAAGUCUGAGCUCAGGGUCCUUGUGGUCAAACUGCUGUCAAUCCUGUACUGGACCCUGUUCAGCCCUGCGAUGUGCCUGCUCAUAUAUCUGUAUAGCCUUGUUCGUUGGUACUUUAUCAUCACCAUUGUCAUCUUCGUGCUACAAGAGAGGAUAUUUGGUGGACUGGAAAUCAUUGAACUUGCAUGCUACCGUUUUUUACACAAGCAGCCACAGUUAAAUUCAAAGAGAAAUGAGUAAGAUGGCGAGAUUCACAAUGUAAAACUUAGGGGAUAUUUUGGAAAUGUUCUAAGUCUUUGUAAACCAAGAUGCACUUUUGCAUGACUGUCACAUAUUUCUUAAUGUCAUUAUUUGUUAAAGAUAUUUUGCACUUAAUUUUGUGGGAAAAAAUAUUGCUACGAUUUAAACCUCUGAAUGUAACUUCAAUGCCGCAUACAUAGCAGGGAUCAAUCGCUGUGAGAUAAUUGGGGCCCAAGCGUUAUCAAACAGUCAUCGGGCUGUUAACACACAAGGUACACACAAGUUUUUCCCAGAGGCCCGAUCCUCUUUCCUGACUCCUGAGCACUGGCACGUGACCACCCUGCUCACCCUGCGGGCAAGCACGCUUCCUCAGCGAGCACUGUCCACACCCUUUCUACACCCCCAAGCCCAUCCCACCCUUCCCUAAGGCAGGUCCCUAACUCACCUGUCCCAGCCCCUCAUGCUGAGCUGUCAGAAGGCCACCUGCGCCCUUUCCUCUCUGGAAAUCACACCUGCACACAUCUCAGGGAGCAACCACAGGCUCUCCACUAUGAAACCUUCAUUUGAAUUUUAAAAGAUAGGAAUUGAGUUGAAGUUCUUGAUUUACACUCAGUCUUGCGUGCUCAGUGCUAGAGUCCUUACGACUCCCUGGCAAGUGGCACUUUUCUCUCUUAAAAGUGGUAUACACGUAGUCACAUACGUUUUUAAAGGCACACAUAAAGGAACAUUCUGUUAUUGUAGAUGCAUACUAUCUUGUAAAAUAUUUCUUUAAAACAUACCGAAAAAGGAAGGUUGUAUUUUCCACAUAUGCAUGGGGAUCCAGCAGUAAUGGUGUAUCCUAAAGUAUUCAGCCCUUGUAGCCUGGAUAAAUCUUACUCUUAAAACCAAAAUAACACAAAAGGAAUUAUUUCCAGUGCUAACAGAAGCACUGCCUCCACCCCUAGGCUUCCUCUCAAGAGUAAUAUUUAAACCCACUUUUGACGAACUCUGCCUAAAUAUUUCUGUCAUUUGCAGUCACUGGAAAAUUCAGCAAAUCCACAGCACCAGUCCCCUUCUGGGGCACAGAAGCAUGUUGUCAUUAUUUCCACUCCAUUGGAGCCGUGUGCCCCCUCUUCGUUUUUGUUUUAUUUUCCCUUGGUCAUAUAGUAGGGAUAUUGGUCAGAGCUGCUAAAAAUAUAAGACAGUUAAAAGCCCUUAGCUGUUAGCAAGUGUGUUAGCUUUACUCAUGCCUUAUGUACUCUUUGGGCACGAAAACCUUCUCUUUAAUGCUCGACAGUGACUGUUAACUAACACUUAAAUCAUGCAUUGCCAGGAAAGGUAAACAUGUGGGGAGCUUGCUUAGCAGUUUGAGAAAGCACUCACUGGGACAGAAACUGUUGACACGUCAUUUUUAUUAGAAGAGUAUUAACUAGUGCCUCUCCUGAAGUGCAUCAACCCACAUUUAGUGCUGCUUCUAAGCCAGUUUUCCAUUGUGUUAGGAGCUUACUUAUUACUUAUUAUGCACUUCUGCUCCCAGCCCAGCUGUUUAACUUUCAUCGUUUUUAAAGGUAUUCUUUAAAAACAAAACAAAAAAACAAAAAAGACUUUUCCCCUUCCCUUACUGAAAGAGGCUUCUCGUUUAAGUUUCUCGAAGACUUCCUUGAGUUAUUUUUAAAUACGGAAAUAGUUGUACAACCAGGAUUGCAUUUUUCCCAGACAAAAGAGAAAGUGCUUUCUACACACACGUGUAUGUAACAGAGCCCUGCCUUUCCUACACACUCACCCAGUUCUCCAAUCAUUUAACUUUCAUUCGGUUGAGUGGCCUCUCACUCUGAUACCUUUCCAUGGGAAAGCCUUUUUUUUUCCUCUUAAUAGCAACAAACAUAUUUAAGAUAAACUACAUAUUUUAUUUUACCUACCCAAAAUUCAUAAUUAUAAAGCACUGAAACUGGGAUUGUAGACAUUGUACUUGCUUUAGGAAUUAGAAAUAAGUCCCUUUUUUUUUUGCAAUAAGCCUUAUUAAAAAUUACAUUUGUAUUCAUGUGCACAUAAAUAUAGCUGCAUGAAAGCCCACUUUUUUAUUUAAAGAAAUAGAGUUAAUGAUUUGGAGCUUAGAAUAUUUAAAAUUGAUACUGAAAUGUUAAAUAUCAAUUAGGUUACUUUGGUUGUUGUGAGGGCUCUUAGGAAUCGCCCUGCCACUGUCCCCUAGCACCCUGGGCAGACACACCCUUUCUACUUACUGCACUUACGGUACUUUGAAGGCAACAUGUUCACAGUGCUAUCUGUCCACUCACCAAAUUUCCCCACCCUGAAAAGUUUUAAGUAUAGCAAAUGUGGUUUACUCAUAACAUGAACCAUUACAUUUAAAAUCUGAACCUGCAAAGAAAGAGGAUUGCUGCUGAGGUGACAGUUCUUACCCCCAACUUCUCUAA